UGUUCGCAGCCAGUGGUGAAGCCGCGAUCGGAGAUGGAUGUCUCUCUUUGCCCAGCCAAGUGUAGUUUCUGGCGGAUUUUCUUGCUGGGAAGCGUCUGGCUGGACUAUGUGGGCUCCGUGCUGGCUUGCCCUGCAAAUUGUGUCUGCAGCAAGACUGAGAUCAAUUGCCGGCGGCCGGACGAUGGGAACCUCUUCCCCCUCCUGGAAGGGCAGGAUUCAGGGAACAGCAAUGGGAACGCCAGCAUCAACAUCACGGACAUCUCAAGGAAUAUCACUUCCAUACACAUAGAGAACUGGCGAGGUCUCCAUACGCUGAACGCCGUGGACAUGGAGCUCUACACUGGCCUGCAAAAGCUGACCAUCAAGAACUCAGGACUUCGGAGCAUCCAGCCCAGAGCCUUUGCCAAGAACCCCCACUUGCGCUAUAUAAACCUGUCGAGUAACCGGCUCACCACACUUUCAUGGCAGCUCUUCCAGACGCUGAGUCUUCGGGAAUUGAGGUUGGAGCAGAACUUCUUCAACUGCAGCUGCGACAUCCGCUGGAUGCAGCUGUGGCAGGAGCAGGGGGAGGCCAAGCUCAACAGCCAGCAUCUCUCCUGCAUCAGUGCCGAUGGCUCCCAACUGCCCCUGUUCCGCAUGAACAUCAGCCAGUGUGACCUUCCUGAGAUCAGUGUGAGCCACGUGAACCUGACCGUACGAGAGGGUGACAACGCUGUCAUCACGUGCAAUGGCUCUGGAUCACCUCUGCCCGAUGUAGACUGGAUAGUCACUGGACUGCAGUCCAUCAACACCCACCAGACAAAUCUGAACUGGACCAACGUGCAUGCCAUCAACCUGACUCUGGUCAAUGUGACAAGCGAGGACAACGGCUUCACCCUGACGUGCAUUGCGGAGAACGUGGUGGGCAUGAGCAAUGCCAGCGUGGCCCUCACCGUGCACUACCCUCCGCGCGUGGUGAGUCUGGAGGAGCCGGAGCUGCGGCUGGAGCACUGCAUCGAGUUCGUGGUGCGUGGCAACCCACCACCCACGCUGCACUGGCUGCACAACGGGCAGCCGCUGCGGGAGUCCAAGAUCACCCACGUGGAGUACUACCAGGAGGGCGAGGUCUCCGAGGGCUGCCUGCUCUUCAACAAGCCCACCCACUACAACAACGGCAACUAUACCCUCAUUGCCAAAAACCCGCUGGGCACGGCCAACCAGACCAUCAACGGCCACUUCCUCAAGGAGCCCUUCCCAGAGAGCACGGAUAACUUUGUCUCUAUUUACGACGUGAGCCCCACACCCAUCACCGUGACCCACAAACCAGAGGAAGACACUUUUGGGGUGUCCAUCGCGGUGGGACUUGCUGCUUUUGCCUGCGUCCUGUUGGUGGUUCUCUUUAUCAUGAUCAACAAAUAUGGUCGACGGUCCAAAUUUGGAAUGAAGGGGCCCGUGGCUGUCAUCAGUGGCGAGGAAGACUCAGCCAGCCCACUGCACCACAUCAACCAUGGCAUCACCACGCCCUCAUCAUUGGACGCCGGGCCAGACACGGUGGUCAUCGGCAUGACCCGCAUCCCGGUCAUUGAGAACCCCCAAUACUUCCGUCAGGGACACAACUGCCACAAGCCAGACACAUAUGUGCAGCACAUCAAGAGGAGGGACAUCGUGUUGAAGCGGGAACUGGGCGAGGGAGCCUUUGGGAAGGUCUUCCUGGCCGAGUGCUACAACCUCAGCCCGACCAAGGACAAGAUGCUCGUGGCCGUGAAGGCCCUGAAGGAUCCCACCCUGGCUGCCCGGAAGGAUUUCCAGAGGGAGGCUGAGCUCCUCACCAACCUGCGGCAUGAGCACAUUGUCAAGUUCUACGGGGUGUGUGGUGAUGGGGACCCGCUCAUCAUGGUCUUUGAGUACAUGAAGCAUGGAGACCUGAACAAGUUCCUUAGGGCCCAUGGGCCAGAUGCUAUGAUCCUUGUGGAUGGGCAACCACGCCAGGCGAAAGGCGAGCUGGGGCUCUCCCAAAUGCUCCACAUUGCCAGUCAGAUCGCCUCAGGCAUGGUGUACCUGGCCUCCCAGCACUUCGUACACCGGGACCUGGCCACCAGGAACUGCCUGGUUGGAGCCAAUCUGCUGGUGAAGAUCGGGGACUUCGGCAUGUCCAGAGAUGUCUACAGCACCGAUUACUACAGGGAAGGGCCAUGCCAGAAGGGCCCAAUCAGCGUGUCAUGGCAGCGGCAGAGGCUAGCAGCGCCGGCAGCUUCCACAGUGGGAGGACACACCAUGCUCCCCAUCCGUUGGAUGCCCCCUGAAAGCAUCAUGUACCGGAAGUUCACCACGGAGAGCGACGUGUGGAGCUUUGGGGUGAUCCUUUGGGAGAUCUUCACCUAUGGAAAGCAGCCAUGGUUCCAGCUCUCAAACACAGAGGUCAUCGAGUGCAUCACCCAAGGUCGUGUGCUGGAGCGGCCCCGGGUCUGCCCCAAAGAGGUGUACGAUGUCAUGCUGGGGUGCUGGCAGAGGGAGCCCCAGCAGCGGCUGAACAUCAAGGAGAUCUACAAAGUCCUCCACGCUUUGGGGAAAGCCGCGCCCAUCUACCUGGACAUCCUCGGCUAGCGGCGGCUCGUGGUCACGGACGCGCACUCUGUGGCCUCCCUCUCCUGGCCUCACAUCGCCCCUCGUCCACCUCACACUCCUUUCUUCCAUCCUGACCGAAGUGAACAUCUUCAUAUAAACUCAAGUGCCUGCUACACAUACAACACUGAAAAAACAAAGUGAAAGAAAAAACCCUGUAAGGCAGUUUGGCGAAUAUAUAUAUAUAUAUAUAUAUUUAUAUAUCUAACUAUCUAUCUAUCUAUAUCCACAGAGAGAUACCUUCUCUAAUACAGAGAGAAACUGCUGAUACAGAAACCAUAAGACUGUAACAACAACUCAGAAAAUCUUAAAUCUUAUGAACACAAAUGGAAGUUCCCUUUGACUGAAGCUGGGCCCUGUGGUUCUCCGGCUCCGGCUUUUCGGGGCUGAAGACCUUGAUGACGCAGAGACAGCCUUCACGCUGGGACCAGAGGAGCUGGGGCGGAGUGCAAAUCACUGCGUGCAGGUGAUGACCCGCACAGGUGCGCUACCCCUCCCCCACCCCCGAGGGCUGCACAGGUGCAUGGGCUCACUGCGUCCACUGCGCUCGGGAUGCAGCAGGAAGUAACACCGGCCUGGGGGGGCCUCUGGAACGCCUCACGUCUCCCCUAACCAUUGCUCCACGCCUUCCGCCUUUCCUCCACUUCAAGACAAUUCUCCAGUUUGUCCAUUCUAGAAAGUAGAGUCCUGAUGCUUUUGGAAGUCAAUGAGGGCGUCUACCGCUGAACACUGGACACCCGACGAGACCCAAAACCAUGGUGACAGUGGACCACAUCCGUCUUGGGUAUAGACCAUGCUCAAGUCCCUUCCUCGGUUGGAAAGAGGUGUGUCAUUCAUUCUCUGAAUUUCAAGAGCUGGACAUUCUGGACUUAACCACAGAAGAAAAAGCUGAAAUUUGAACCCUCCCCGUCAAGGCACUGCCUCCCAUCUAUUCUUCACUGGAAAGACUCCUUGGCCCCACCUCCUACAUUCAGGCCUUUGGAGAGUUUGGGGGCGUAGGGAACCCCCCCAUGUUGCCUGUGAAUGUGGACACAGCAGGGUUCCAAUAGCAGGAGACUUCGUUCCUCACAGGUCAUCAUAAGAUGUGCCCCUCUGUGUCGUCUGUGUCUCGUCCUGCCUGCCCUAGAUCGUCAGCCCCCACUUCCUGGGCCUCUCGCACGUCCCAGGGAAACCUCACUGCCAGCGAAGGAAGCCAGGACUAGCGACAGCGUGGGGCAGUGCUUGUUCCCGAGAGCACGGAGUGGACUGGGCAGGGCUGGCAGCGGAGACUCUCUUUGGCACCUGCACCGGCCCCUUGGCAUUCUCCUCACGUUUCCGGCCCCUGGAAGGAUUGAAGCAUCUGCCUUUGAGCUUGCUGUGAACACUCAGGGGCUGAAAAAUCGCUUUUGUGGCCUGGGGCUGGGGGAAGGGCCGAGGCUUCUCCGGGAGGCGCCCACUGCGCGGCCACGGCUGCAGGCUUGGCAUCUGAAUGAGGACGGAGCCUGACCGGGGAGAGAGAAUGAGGCUUCUGGGCUGGGGUCCUGGCCGCGGCUGUUGAGGGCUGUAACACUGGCAGAUCCCGGGCCUCCCGGACACGUGACAACGGAAUGGCACUGGAAGGCAACGGCCGGGCCCCACAGAGCCCUCCUGCUGGAGAGAGGACAGGCCCCUCUCAGCGCACCGGCCCCUCCACCUCCCCCCAAGCACAGAGCUACCUAACAGACUGGUCUCCCCUGCCACCCCCGGGAGCCUCGGGGGCCUCGGACCUGCUUGCGCCCCGCCCUGGUGUGAGGGGCUGUGGCAGCUUCAGCGGCCUGGUCAGCUGCAGCGCGGCCGCCCCUGCGGGGUUCAGGACUAAAUCCUGUGUUUGUGGUUUUGCUUCCUUUUUUUAAAGACCAACAAAUGUUUUUAUUCAAAUAGAAAAGAGCUGUGUUGGGACUGCCGGCCUUGGUUGGGAGUCGGGGAUCAGUGAGGCCACUGGGCUGGGCUGGGAGGGGAGCUGGAGUUUGGUGUGGGUUUGGCCCUGAACCGGCCUCCCAACCCUGAGGACUUUCGAGGAGAGCUGGGUGGAUUGACCACGUCAGAGGAACCCUUUGCUGUCCUAUGGCCGUUCUGCCUCCUGUCUUUCUGCCUGGAGGCCCUGGGUCUCUUCCUGGGCUGUUAGUGCAGGACGAGCUACGGAGGGGAUCUUGUGUUGAGCAGGGUAACUGAGGGAAAGCUGUUCGUGGAGGGCUUGAUGGGGAAGGGUCUUCUGGUUCGAUGUGAGGCUCCAAGGCUCCUGUUCCUGCCAAAGCAGACCCCGGAGAGUCUCCCCAACACAGACCCUGUGUGGCUUCCAUCUCACGGGCUGUGUUUCUAGAACCUUAUGGUCCCUGAUAGGCUGGGAAGAGGGCGGCAUGGGAAGGGGCUGGAAGCCGGGGGGCAGCUGGGAAUGAGAAACAGGUUAGGCUUUCAGUGCAGGACGCUAAGGCAUCCCGGCCUAAGGUGGGGGUGGGGGAGCCAUGAAGGAGACCGAAGUCAGAUUGCACAGGCCCUCGUGCUGGCCGUGGGGACGGGUCUUGCUGCCUCUCCAAAGAGUAGAGGAACGAAGGGCGGCAGAGCAAGGAGCAGUAGAGAGGGAGGCCUGGUUUUCUUCCUCCCUGGUUGUGCUCUCUGUGAGGAGCCUACAUGUGGACUUUAUGUCAAGGCGGGUAAAAAAAUAAAAAGGUUUUUGGAGGGUGAGGGAGGGAGAGAGUAGGACACUGUGGGCGCUGAAGGAGCAGCCCAGGGCCCUGGGGGCAAGCAGAGGACGGUAUUCCUCCUGUGGUGGGAAGUGCUGCUGGGACUUCCUCUCCUGUGUCCCCGUCUCCUGUCUGUGAAACGAGAGGUUCCUGCUGGUCUCUGGCCUCUUCAGAGUCUGACAUGUUUUGAUUCUCCCAGCACAGACUCACUGUGCUGUGUGGUUCUCAGUAGUGCCCUGGAAGGCCGGGGGGGGGGGCCCUCCUUGGGGCAGCUGCCCCUGGGGGCUCGUGGGCCCGCACACGCCUGGGUCCCAUGAGACACUCCUCUCCUUCUUGGCGCCUCUGUCACAGUGAGAAGUGUCUGAAGUGACUUUCGGCCCACAGGGCACACUCGGUCUUGUUCCCCAUCCCUAGCCUCUUUGCACACCCAGAAAGUGCUGGCCAAGGCCUAUUUAUCUAUUUCUUUUCAGAGUUUAAUGUGGUUAAAUGAGUCUUAAAAUGACAUCCCAUCAGCCAGUGUGGCCACCCCAGUCCACCCCGUUCUCCCCCCUCCCCGCCAAAAUUCAGUUUAAAAACACUAGAACGGCUCUCAGGGUGUGGCUGGAUGCAGAGCCCACUGUGAACUUUGCUGGAAGCUCCAGGUCACCCAGGCUGACCUGCCGGCCGUGUCAUCCUCACCUGAGCCCCUCCUGGACUGAGCGACAGUGGCCUGCAAGGAGGCCCCUUGGAGUAGGCAGGCAUGGCCAAGGGUCUUCCCUGUUCUUGACCUUGGGCGUGAACCAGAUGCUGCCCUCUCAUUAUAUCCCUGGCCCCUAAAUGGGUCUGGAGACUCACUAAGCCUUCUCUUGCUAACAGACGAGGGACUGGUGUUCCUCCACUCAGCAGAUCAUGGACAGAUCGUCCCUGGAGGGAGGCUUCCCACUGGAGCCAAGGGAAGCUUGCUCCUACUGGCUUCAGGCUGAACCUUACCAUUCUUCUCUAGCAAUGCUUACUUUGUGGAAUAUACUAGUGCAAAUAUUUUUGGUGCUAAAUACUAUGAAAUCAACACCAACGAGAGAGCUGACAGCCAGCUUCUGGGGUUGCAUGGGACUCCACUCAAAAGCAGAAGGGAGUCGGUCAUGCCAGGACAUGCCUGGGAGCUUGGGUGGGAACGUGCAGUGGUGUGGAAGACUGUUGGGCUUUGCCUUUGGUUACCCAGGUGACCUUGGCCAGGUCCCCUAAUCUCUCAGAGUAUCAGAUUUCUCAUCUGAGACAUUUAAGAGGUUAGAAUAGAUAUCCUUAGGGUCCCUCUCAGUUAAAAAAAGAAAGAAGAAAGUCUGUUCUAGUCCCACCUGUUUUGUUUUGUUUUGUUUUGUUUACUUGCUUAUUAGAAAUAAGAGAGAAAAUGAAAGGCAGGUCAAGAAAGGGCAGAGGGAAAGUUACCGAGGGCAAGAAAUUGAUUAUAGAAGGCAAGCAGGGAAGACUCAGUGACCGUUAGGUUGGAGGGAUGUUGGAGGGGGAGCCAUGAGACCAGCUCUCCAGCUGCGGCCCGAUCCCCACAGGCUCUCCUGCUCAGCUUGCUAGCUUCUCCAUUCCACACCGACAUGCUCUAAGCUGGCAGCAAUGAUCCCAAGACAGGGAGACAGGCCUGCCCCCCUCUUGUGCAGGCCACUGGCAGUCUGAUCUCAAAAACUGACCAAUGUGUAUCCUCACAUGCUAUUUCAAGGGGGGUAGGAAGUUGGAAAGAGGGCAGCAUUUUAAGUUGUGGACUCUUCACCGAAGUCCGUUUCCCUUCAGGAAUGCCGAAUGGCAUCCUUGCUCCUCUUCGCCAAACCAAACAGCAGCAGUAUCCUCUCACUGGAAGUAUGGUUAUCGCAGAAGGCAGUCUUGGGCUUUGGGAUGUCCCCUGUGUUUUGCCUAUAGUCUGGAGCAAAGAAACAUCUAUAGUUCUUGGUUGAAUGAGCCCCUGUACCCAUGGUCUAGAGGACUGCCCUCUCAUGCCCCUGGGAUGGCUAUUGUCAGGUCUGGCAGAGCCAACCAGCUAGAAUACUCGAUGGCAUUUGCCUUAGCACAGGAAAUGGCACCUGCAGCCCAGGGCUUGGUGCUGUGGCCACAUUGUUUUUAGUCACUGGUGCGCCAGACUUUUCUUUGAUACCAAAUAAAAUGUUUUGGCCAACACUUACUAGGUUUUAAAGGGAAAUCCCAAGUGUUUGUAUCAUUUUUAGAUAUCAAUAUAGACUCCAGAAAAUGCUUUGGGAUUGCUGAACAGUGCUGGUGACAUCAUCCGAGGGGAAAUGUAGGCCCCCAUAUAUUGUAUGCUUGUAUCUAUAUCUUUAAUUGGACUGGCUUCAGUGAAAGUCUGCUUGGAGUCAGCAGAUGGAUUCCUCGAUGCUUGGUCUCUUUGAGCCUUACAUUCCUUGGGGAUGAGCUAUUCAGAGAUGGCCUAGCCUAAGAGAGCCCGUCAGAGGGAUGCUGUUGGGAAAUCUGUCAUCUUGUAAAAUUUGAUCACUGGGUGCUCCCUGAAUUGAAUUAUGCUGGUGACAACAUUCUGGGUAUCUGAAAAUCUCUCCUCCUGACAGUCUGAUAGAUGACCAUGCAGGAAUGGUUUCUAACACAUCCUGUUUGGGGGUCAGCAUUGAAUUCACCUGGACUGCAGGUACCACCACCCCCUAGGAUGGAUGGGACAGAGAGAAUGUGAGAUGUUGAUAAUACUCUUUUGGAAAGGUGACUGUGGUGGAUGUGGUGAACACUUGUGUCACUAGUUUGGGUGUUAGGCCUUCUGCUGUGAGCAUAGGCCAUUCCACCCUGAGGAUCUGAAUCUUGGGUUUUUAUAGAGUCUCUGUUUCCUUGGUGUAAUCUCCUCAAGCAUAGUUUCCUUGACUGCCCUCCAAAACUCUAUACUUUGCAACAAGAGAUGUCUCUGGCCCAAGUCUUGGCAUGCCAACAUAGACACUUUCCAAUUUCACAAGGAGAUCCGUGGAGAUUGAGGGCCCCCUCAAAAUACUUGGAAUUCUUGAUCAGAGUAAUAAAAUUCAGGUUCCCCUUCUUCUUUAGCUAACUAAGUUUCAAAUUUAAAAUAAGGUCCGGUUUGAUAUUUGCAGUAGGGAUGAUGUCUUAACCCAGUGUGUUGAGCUAUUUCCCAUCAUACAGAGGCAGGACAGUAAGCUCUAUUAAUUUUUUCUAAUUACCAAGGGAUGCAGUUUCCCAAAAGCCCAACGAGAAAUGCCGGUACUCAAGUCUAGGUCUGGUAGUUAUUCCUUCAUUUAAGAAGAGUGUAUACUCAAAUGAAUAGCUCCCUUCAAUGUUGUAAUUCUUUCUCAGAGAACUCUCCAUGCUCUAUCUCCACUUAACAGCUAUGUGACAUUCAGCCGAUGCCUCUGAGCCCACCUCUGGAGUGAAUAAAUAAACCUGGUCCAGGUGAUUUGAUUUCUGCUUUCUGCAGAAGAGAAGUAAAUCUCAGUCAAGAAGACUUUCAUUUUUAUGCUUUUUACGUUUUCUUUCUUUUUUUCCCUUUUGGCUCUAUCUCUCGCUUCCAUGGGACUGACAAUCCAGCUUCUCAAACUCCAUGAAAGUCUUAAUGUGAGGUGAAUUCCAGGACCACAAACAGUUAGGACUUCAAACAGUGAGAAAAUUGGCGCUGAAUGAUUCGGCACACAAAGCAGAAAACCUUCAUUUCCUGCAGGCAGGAUGGAAUUGACUGUUAUAUUAAGACUUGUGAAGGAGCCCUGCCCCGGAGUAAUUUUGGUGCUGUCAGACAACGUUGACAUCUAGAUUAACCUCUGUGCAGUGAAGUUUACUGCAAAGCUCAUUGAGAUGCAGGUGGUAUAUCUCCGCAAAUCCCAUCUGGAACUCCCGGUGCCCCACCCUCAGCAAACCCCCAUCCCUUCCCCACCCACUGCUUACUCCAUCCAUGACCUCUUAGCCUCCAGGAGCCGAGAAGCCAGGACUGGGAUCUGACCCCAGGAGAGGGAGUUUCGACCUUUCUGUAACCACAGUGCUGAGCCAGGCUUUCUGCUCAGUGGAAGUGACAGUGGUUGUCACUGUCUUGGUUUUCCCUGCAGGGACUGCACAUCAAGGCAUGAAAGCCACUCUGCUGAUGACAAACAGCUUUGCAGCAUAUCUCGAUGCUGCACAAAGUGAAAUGGUUUAGAAAGAAUUAGUGCGUCCUGCAUCACGAGCCCUGCUCUGCCCCCCGUCCCUCCUCCAGUCCAGCAAGUCUAGGAGUGGGUGCAACAGAUCAGGACUGCAGCCAGGUGGCCGGGGGGUGGUGGUGGUGGUGGUGGGUUCGGAUGGACAAAGGGCUUGCCCUGGGUCUGUCCAGGUGUUUCCCAUGUUCCUUAUGAGAGAGGCAGUCCCAGCUCCUCCGCCUCCUGGUUGGGACAGAGUGUGUACAUGUCGUCUAAGCCCCGGCUUGGCAGCUCUCUCCUUAUGGGGUGGUGGGCUCCGGCAUGACCCAAACCCUUCAGCCAGCGGAAACCUCAAAGCUGAAAUUACAAGUUCUCUGCAAUUGAAGGCUAUUAAUUACAUCAAAAGUCUUAAGAAAAGGCCAUUCGCUUAAAUUCAGACUCCUCCACCUUCAGACUCCUUAGAGCGGCUCCAUAUCAUCACAGGUGUCUUGGGAAACUUACCUGGGGAUUUGAGAAUACUGCCAAGUCCAGAGACCAUAUUCCUCUGGGCUUUUGCUGAUUCCGAUUCUCUCUGAAAUUGUUUUUCCUACUUUGCCUCUUGCCUUGAAUAUGAGUAAGCAUCUCCUUGUAUGUUCUUAGGUAUUUCUUUAGGAGAAAUGAAAGCUUCCAGCUCAAGGACGUUGUGGUUAUUGACUGGGAAAAUAGAUUUCUGGGCCAAGUAAUGUCCCAAUCAUAUAGAGGCAAAGCUGAUGACUUUAUUUAAAAGCAAUUAUAAGUGUUGUGUUUUGUUCUAAUGCUCGAGCUCACAUAGCACAAACUACAUUCAUCCUUCAUGUUCAUUACUUACGAUACUUGUAUACACACGCACAUAAGCACCCCCCCCCAUAAAUGCAUCUAUACUCCUCUUGCUCCAAUACGAUCCAACAAGCCAAUGUGGACUCUGUGUUUCUUCCACUGAGCCCUGUACAUCUGCGCGUGCAAAUACGUGUGCUCCUGGCAUGUGGCUUCUUAAACUUAUCUAUAGCUCAUCUCUCUUUUUUUUUUUUAAAUAUCACUCAGCCUUUGACUUUCUCCACUAUGAAUCAGUUACGGAGUAGUUAGUGUUUUUUCAAAAUAGACUAAAUCUAAGUUUUCAGAACCUUCAUAUUUAAAGGCUGGACUAGCUUUCUCAGAGAAACAAAACCAAACCAAACCUUGGUGCGAAGCUUAUUCAAUUAAUUUUGGGGGAUGGGGUGGGGAAGCACUGAAUUUUGGCUUGAAGAAUACAUGCUAGGUGCAGAUACCAAUGUGAACGAGUUCCAGCAGAUUCCCGAAGCUAGCGUGGAGCUGAAGCAAUUAGGUAGAAAGCUCAAACAUUCAGAUUGAAUCAGAACUUGAUGGGAAAGAAUCCGAUUUUCCCUGGGAAGGUUAGAUGUCCCGCAGGACAUGGAAGGCAUCCCAGGUCGGAAAGGAGCAGGCUGGCCUGGGUGUCACUUGGUGGGUGCCUGUGCACCAGUCACCUUGAUGAUCCGGCCCAAGGUGGAAGUGUCCUUAGUAUAAGGGGGCAGCUGGCCGCUGGUUGCAGACCAGCCCCUUCUCUGGUUCCAAUGACGGGGCAAGCUGAUCUACUUCACCCGCUGCCCUGAUCAGCUGUCAUUAAAUCAUACCUUCUCAAGCCUCCUCUAGAACAAAUGUGCACACCUCCCAUCCCACAGAGUCACCCCCCUUUCCACUUUGCGGUCAGUUUACCUCUUGCACCUGCCGUGGAAAGCCGUCCAAGCUCUGAACUCCUCUGGUCCUUCCUCUGUCUUGAACUGACUCCACCCCUUAAAGGCCGGCUUUUAUCUCUGAAAAGUCCGGGAAGCCCUCUGGGCCCAUGUCCCUCUUCCCUAGCCUGAGCAUCAGUCCCACUUGUGAUGGAGCCUAGGCUUCUGGAGAAGAAAACAGUGUGCUCUCGCAGCCAUCCGUCAGUCUCUUUCCAGCUCCACAGGACCAAGUGAUUAGCUCCUCAUUAGCUCCUCAUCAGUUUGCUGUUGCACAAGAGGCUUUGGGACAAGCCUAUUACAAUGCCGAAGUCUGUCUUUUGAAGUCAUCCCUUCCUUCCGGCUGGGGUGGGAAAGGAGAGCUUGCUACAAAUAGCUUUUCCUUCAAAUUUCUGUGGCUCUUUUUUUUUCUUUCUUUCUUUUUUUUUCCCUCCUGGCUGUUAAAUAUACUGAUAAAUGGUAAACCAUGGUUUUCAUUUUUGUUUUCCAGGCCCCGACCAGUGUGAGUUCUCUGUCCUACCAAAGAGGAGUGCAUGUCAGCACAGUGUUUAUUUAUUUAGUGGAGUGGCUGUAAUAUUGACACAAAGAUUUGCAGCAUCUAAAUCUUGAGGGGGAUAAGAGGCUUUUUCUUUCACAUGAGAUCUUUACUGUGAGAGCACAAGAAAAGUUUAUACCGUAAGAACAGAAAUGAACCUGAGAACAUGCGCCCUUCUUUAGGGAACAAUUAGAUAGAAGAGCUCACCGGAGAGAUCACCGGGACGCUGGCCCUCUAGUCCACAGCUCAUUAUGUUUCAAUAGAUGCUUCAACUCUGUCCUAGACAUGGCUCUGAAGACACAAUAAUGAACUAUGACUGACUAUCCACAUUUACUAUUACAAACAAAUUCAUCAUGUCUAACCCAACCCCUAUUUUUAAAAAAUAUCAUUUUUUCCCCCAUAACUCUGGGGAUGGUUCAAUAUUGUUGUUUUCUUUUCUGGGCCCCUCUUAAUAUUGCCAAUGCAAUUUCUAAUUUUUUUCCACUUUCAUUUCUUUAGGAAAGACAUGGGGUCUAUUUUAAAUACCGUCUAUGAUAAGAUGGCAGGUGAGGUGGACGGAGAUGAUGGGCCCAGGAGACAGUGGACCUCUGAGCUCUACUUCCUGCUGAAAUGCAUGAUCCCUUCCGUGCCUCAGUUUCUUAAUCAACAAAAAAAGGCUGCUAACAACCCCCUUCCUGUCACAGAGGGUUCUAAUGAGCACCCAAUGAGGUCACAGCUGUCAGAGUCCUCUGUGAGGGCCACAGGACCCCUGGAAUAGGUAAAGCCCGCUCUCUGGCCCUGAGUGUUGCAAAUAGGUUUGGUGGUGCUGAGCUGUGAACGGCUCUGGAAUGUGUCUUGUUUUGAGGUGCACAAGCAGCUUUUCCUUCGAAUUUCUUAAAUCCCUCCUGCAGUCUCAUUUCUAGAUCAUAGCCCUGGCGUGUUCCUCUUUGAAUGACCAUUGAGCAUCGAGAGAUGGGGAAGACCUUUACAAAAAUACAAGCAGAAAGAGGAUGCUUUACCCAUUUGGCUUUGUCACGGAAGAGGGGUCGUUGGUAGGUUUUGUUUUCAGGCCUGGAACCGUGAACAUUUUAUAGCAAAAUGGCAUCUCCCGCUGCAUUUAACUCCGUAUCAUCCAUUGUUGAUUUUGUGAGAUUCUGUAGAUUUAAAUGUAACGUUUUUUAACUGAAGACUAUAUGAAGCUUCUUUUAUAAGUUGGGUGGGAAAACUAAUCUUGCAGGAAGCACGCGAAGUGAUAACGAUCCUGAAGCAUUAUUCCGUUCAUUCUGGGGCCAGCGUUUUGUACCUGGGGAAAUAACCUUAAGAUGGAAUGAGCUGCUUGAGUGAAGACCAAAUGCUAAACCACACUUCUGAUAGCCUUGAGCACCAACAAAUAGGUGUGAGUGGGAUUUCCACUGAGAAAUGCAUCUGAUUGAAAAUGAGCCUCCUCCCUCCCAACAAUAAAUCCCGAGGCCAGAUUGCCAAGGUUACAGCAGUGAAGUCAUUUACAGCCCCUAAAAAAUCCCAGGUGUUUGUAACAUCAGCCACUAUAUUAAGUACCUUGCAAUGGUGACUACUUGGCAAGUUAAAUCUUUAGAGUGUGAUUUCCUCUCCAAGCCACAACCAGGUGUGAUGUAACCUACUAAGAGCUAUGCACGAUUUAGGGGAAAAAAAUGCUUUGCUCACUCCAGAGAGGAAUCAGAAUAGAGCCAAGUACCUGAAAUCCUAACAAAUCCACAAAUACUUUGCUCAAGUCCAGGCUUCUCUUUUCUCUUUUUACCCUGGGCUCAAUUUUUGUUUGUUUUAUAUAGAAAAGCCACAUCUCCAUGCUGGAACUCUGUCCGGAUGAUUUCCCCCCUGUAGCUGUCCAGCAGACAGAGAGCAUUUCAGCUUUCUUUGAAAUGAGAGCCCAAAUUGGGUUAUGACUAGGAUUUUAAAUUACGGUGUGAAAUUGGAGAAGGCAAGUUGGUUCAGGGGCAGUGUUCCAUAAUUCAUUCUGAUAAUCCCGAGGAGAUGACCUCCUUCACAGUACUGUGAGGGUCUGCCUUGAACAAGCCAUUUCAGUGUGUAACUUCCUAGUGACAAGGCUGAUUACCUAAGGAUUUCAGAGGUAUUGUUUGAGAAAUAACUCACUGGAUAUGGAAAAUUUGAUCUAAUAUGUUAACAGAACAAGAAGAACUGAUUUCAAUUUUUUUUCUACUUUCCUUUCUCUGAGAAUUUAGCCUUUCUUGGGGGCCAUUGGGAUAUUUCCUUUUCAAGGCUAGAAAAGAUUGAUUAUAGUUCAUGUCUGAAAGCAAAGGUUCCCUCAAGCCCGGUGGAGUUGGAAGCAACCAAAAAUGACUCAUGUUAAUUUUCUUUGGCCCCACAGAAUCAAAGAUCCUUCUUGUUUAUGUGUGUGGGCCAUAGCGGGUGAGCUCAAGGGCAUUGUCAAAAAACAAUGAAAAGAAAGCAAGUUGGAACAAGAAAACUCUCACUUUGAAUGUGAGAGAAAAUAGCAGUCCUGCUUUCUCUGGCAAAAAUUUGUGUACUGUUAAGGGAAGAAUCAUGUUCUUUCUCAAGUAGGUCUUACUUCCUGAGAUUGUGUGUGUGUGUGUGUGUGUGUGUGUGUUGGCUGAAAGGGGGUGGGGCCAGUUAAGAAGUAGUUAUGAUUAUGAGUUUAGACCUUCUCUUGAGCAUAGUAAAAGCUCUGCUCAGUUUCUCAGAAUGUGACACUAAAAUUAGGGGUGGAGAGGAAUUCAGGGACCCAUGUUCCAGUAUGUGGUAAAGUUUUACCCAAAUAUUUCCUUCAGGAACUUUUAAUCACAGCAAGCCAAAUCAAUCCCAUGUCUAUAAUUAGUAUCAGGAAAAAGAAGUCAGUAGGCAAUUUCUGCAGCCCCUCAUGCUGCAUCCAUUUGUAGGCUUCUUUUCCAAGAGCUGGGGGUCCUUGAAUCACAUGAGGGAAUAUGCUAGUAGGGACUGAAUGGGAAGGUAAUUUGGAUGAGCUUCUCCACCAGUAUUAUGGCAAUGCAUUAACUCUGUCCUGCAGGAAAACAAUGGUCACUUCAGGGCUACUUUCAUUUAAAAUGGCAUAAAAAGAGACACUGGAAACAUGUUUGGGGAUCUGCCACUUAAAUUCAGCCUCUGCUGAAAGAGUUUUCACUUUGAUGAAGGCACAGUUUCUGGCCGGCCAGUGAUUCCUGGGUACCUGUUUUCAGCACCAGGGACAGCAAACACUUCCUUCAACAGAACCCACGCCUUCUCUCCUGAUUGGCCUUCAGUCAAGGAAGGGUAGGUUUUCCCUUUACUUCUUAUCCAUUGGGGCCUCAACCUGCAAGACUUUAUUCUUAAGUUCCAGUGCUUACAUCUUUUAUUUAGUUUUGAGCCUAGUGGCGUAGCUGUUUCUGUCACAUUCUUGACUUGCUAACAAAUGAUGGGGGUUGGACUAACACAGCCAGGUCUCCUGGCUCAGAGGAGUGGAAAGAAAGACACUUAGAUGUGAAUGGAGGGCACACUUUGGCAGAGGAAGCCCCUGCAGAAAAUCUUCAUAUGGCGCCACUGACUUGUAAACUCCCACAUGGGGAACUUAUUAUUGGCAAUUCCUUCCUUUUAAAAAAUGUCUGUGCAGUUCCCAUGCUGUACGAGUCUACGUUUCAUUCUGUGUGUAUUGUAGGCAAUAUUUCACAGGUGUUGAACAGAAGCUAUGAGCUUUGGGGACAGAAAAGGGGGCAGGGAUGCUGUUGGUAGGCAUUUUGGAGACUCAGGGUGGGGCAUGCUUUGAAUGCCAGCAGCCGCCCUUCAAUCCUGAGUCCUGUUCAGGAGCUAACUUUGCCUUUAACACUGCAAAUGGCUCCUUAAAGCCUUCAUCAAGCCAGACUGAAGGGGUGCCCUGGGAAAAUGAGCAUAACAGAAGCAAAUGUUUUCACUUUGUCUUGUGAUUGGCCAGCUGUCAUUUAGCACAAUAGUGCAUAGAUGCUGUCUUAGAGGUAGCAUUGUCUUCUCUUAACUAAUCAGCUGUGUCCUCCUCGCUUUUGUCAGGAUGGCCCCAGGGCUGGGAAAGCAAGACAGUCACUGCAGAUUUCAUCUUAAAUACUAUCUUCUAUUUCACAGAUGUUAAAUAAAUUCCACUUCAAUUGCCUCUGGACCAUCUAAGGCUCUGAACACUCCCCCAUAUCCUCUCUUCUACUUUCCUCCCAUCUUCAGCGUUGCUUAUCAUUAUUCAUAACACUUAGUGGUCUAUGACCAUAAGAUAUUCUUCUUAGGGUAAAUCAAGUUGUAGCAGCAGACUAGAGCCAGAUAUCACAGGAACAAGUUCAAUGAAACUGUGAUUUUUAACCUUGCAGUGGGUCUGAGGAGAGGCCAUCGUUCCCCUCCGUGACUUGUCCUCUUGAGGGUGUCCCAUUUCAGUACUCACACUUGCCAUGCAAAAAAGGCAUGAGUUCCUCCAGAUUAUUUGUGUGACAAUUAGGGAAGAGCAGGGUCAAACAUUGUCUGUUCGAGUCCUUUAGGAUGGAGGAACUUUGUUUUAUAUUGAAAUCAAGGAACAAUCUUUGUUUAGAAAGAAUGUGUAAAUGAAAGACCAACAGCUAUUGGAAAGCUUGAUAAGAGAAAUUUUCUUUCCUCAGAACAGAGAGGAAAGAAUUGCAGAUUGACUGGUGGGAAACAGAUGAAUGGCUGGCCAGGGAGAAACGUGGUCUGAGCCUGGAGAUACAGAAGCAGACAACUGUAGAUGUAGAGGUGAUGCCAAUGAAAGCCUCAGGAGGGAACAGACCAGAGAAUAAAAUCGUAUGGAGGUUCUCAGUACUUUUGCUGGAAAAUUCCUACAACAUUCAAGGGCACUUCUAGCCCUCUGCCUACUUAGAGGUGAGCUCAGUGCCACUUCUGGGUUCUUAAGGCAAAUGCCCUUACAAACACCAAAGUCUUGUAUUUUCCACUGUCAGUCAACACUGGCUGUCUUGAGUGGGAUUAUUUCCCCCUUCCCUAUGUGAAAGGGACUUGUUUUCAGGAGAAGUGUCCUUUAAAUAUCCAGCUAAAACUGGAGGUAAUUUUUUGCAUGAAUGGCUUUUUACAGCUAGGUCUAAAGCAGAACAAAACUUGUAUUAAACUAAGUGCUACUUUACAUAUCUUAUUUCAAGGGAAAUGAAGGAUUUAUUGCCGUGUAAAUGAUGUACACUGAUUUGUUUCCUACUGGACAUUACAUGUCCCUUUAUCUUUAGGCUGAUGUUGUGCAGCGAACUUUCAAUAUCUGGAAAAUCAGCUGGUACCAACUUCAGUGGACUAGCAGGAUGUUAUAUUCUCAGAGAAGAAUUUUGCAAAUGAAGUUUAGGUGCUGCUAUAGCUGAUUUUCACCCCUAUCCCUAAGCUUUCUGUACUAAAUAUAUGUAAAGUGAUUAUAUCUUGUCUGAUCCCAUGUGUUUGUGCGUGUUUCCCAAUGUUUAUAUAAAUAUAUUGACCAUCGGAACCAUCACUUGGAUAAUGGCAACUGCUGAACAGUGGUGUACAUGGCAUGUGGACAUGUGGUACGUGCACACACUUGUUCUGAGGCCAAGCUAAUCUUGUAGAGCAUAAGGGGCAAAACGUGGCAUGGCUUGGAAAAUGUUCGACAGUGGCUAUAGUACGUCCAAGCCACCAUUCAUGGUAGAGACCUUGACAGCAGCAGAGCUGAGGUGUGCUCCACUGGAUUUUACAUCCUUUAUUUUAAUCUCAAAGGAUUGUUCCUCAGUUCUAUUUAAUGACUUAGAGAUAUUCCGUCAUGAUUCUUGUUUAUUUUUUCCCCAGGCCACUGGAAAGUGCUGAUCAUGUUGUUUCCCAUCAUCUGGAUCCCAAAGUUGUUAACUUAAAUGGGUGACUGAGGUUUUAGUAAUCUGGGUUUUACUAAUAGUAACCCCUUCCUUGAGGUACUAUUUUUUCCAUUCUUUUCCUUUAUGACAAGUAAAUCCAUUGGCUAUGCUACGUUUAUUUGCAUCCUAGCAAGUCUUAGAGAAUCAAUUUAGUUAAAAUGAUUGUAUUUGCCUUCGGAGAAGAGGCUCAUGGUCUAAAUAUAAUUCUUAUGUAAAGGUGUGUUUUAUGCAAAAAAAUAUGGAUUCUAACUUGGUAAGAUGGCCCCAGGGUAGGGGGGAUGUGUUCUCAGUUGAUAUUAAGGGAUGUGUCGAAAAGGCAAGUGCCCUCCCUUUCUCUAUUUCCCACCCCACCCUACUUUCCUCCCCAACCUCAAAAGAAAACAGAAAAUUAUUUUUUUAAAUUGUAUUAAUAAUUUAUGUUUAAUACAAAAGGAUGAUUUAAUGGUAUCACCAAAGGUCAUUUCUCCCAUUGUGCAUGUCCUUCACUCAGCCCCGUACCCAUCACCCCAUUCUUCACCCUCAUGCUUCCAUCCUAAGGCAAACGUGUCUUCAUUGGAAUCUAUCAGUGUUGAAGUUAAAUGUGGGGGCGGAGAUUUAACACCAUGACAUUAAUGAAAACCAACCAUUCUUCACUUUCAAAUGGCUAAUUGCUACAAGAAGGCAAACUCUUUUCUUGGUUUUUGCUUAAAAACAUUUUAUACAUAUAUAUGUAUAUAUGUGUGUGUAUGUAUGGACAUAUGUAUGUAUAUGCACAUGUACAUGUAUAUAUGUAUAUAUCCAUCUCCAAUAUAAAUAUAUCAUAUGUGAUAGUUGUAAAUACUUCUUGGUCAUACAUCUGUCUCCCUCAUGGUAUCAUAUCUUCAAUGUUAUGUUAACGACUCCAUUUAUUGAUUGAUGAAAUCGUGUGUAGACCUGUAUCCUCCUGACAUAGUUUAUGUAGGGUCUCUUCUCAAAUAAAGUAUAAAA